AUUCAUUACACGCCUACCUACGUAGGCAUGCCGAGAGGGAUUCUUGCAUGUCUGACAGGCUGUAGGAGGCUAAAAGCUGGGUAAUCAUCAAUUAGCAGCAGCGUGGGAUGCCUACCUGGAUGCAUGUUAUGUCUCUACCGUUCUCGAGAAGGCCACGAAACAUCAUCUGGCCAGAGCCCUCAGUCCUGUCACGACUCGACGACGACUCACUUGUGCUGUUGCAGAGCCCACAUUCCUCCUAUCAGCAUCAAAAGCAUCCAUUUCCCUCUCUUCUCUGGGUUUCGUUGAUUUCUUCACGCUCUGCUCCCGGAUUUACCCGUCGUGUUCUCCCACUUGCUCGGCUUGUCAUCGCAUUUGCGAAGCCUAGUCCUUCGUGGUCCCGACGUCCCAUCCAUAUUCCACCCACAUCGCCAAGAAAGACAGCCUGGGUUUGUUAGGUGAUCUUUCGCAGACCUCGUGCCCAGGAAGCACGUACGGAUAUCAUUCGUAAGGCAGCCCCAGAGGUUGAUAGACACUAGUCGCGCGGGAGCCACAAAGCUUUGGCCAUCUCCAGGGCGGCCCCUUGCCACUUGCGACUCGACCACGUCUCGUCUUCGUCCUCCCCCAAGCCUAGACGGGUCCAGUCCUGAUCCCUUUGUUCCCCUGAGACCAGACAGACAUACACACACACACACACACAGAGAGAGAGAGAGAGAGAGAGCGAGAGACCCUCCUUUUUUGCGAACUCUCCUUCCGGUCCCUUCGAGGGGUCUACGGUAGCCCGUCAUGAAGCCUUCCGCCAUUCUUCUUGGCCUUGUCGCCGCCGCCAGUGGCUCGUCCUUUCACCGAAACUACGAAAGAAACGACUACUAUGUUCUCGAACUGGAUUCGCGUUCAUCCCCCGAUCAGGUCGCCAACCGCUUGGGCCUGAGGUACGAGGGUACACUCGGCAGUCUGGAUGGGCACCACCUCUUCUCCGCCAGGAAGGUUGCGCACGACAUCGUCAAGCCUGCCCUGCAGGAGCGCAAGUUGAGGAAACGCUCCAUGGGUGGAUUCGACGUCCUCGACGGCGUGGGUCUGGCGCAGAAGCAGUACCUUCGACGGCCCAUGGAGAAGAGGGUUCCUCCGCGCACACAUGGGCCCUCCAACUAUGUACGCCAGGAGCAGCCGGAUCCCAAGAUGGUCGCCCAGAUGAACGACUUAAUGCAGACGCUCGGAAUCGCCGAUCCCAUCUUCAACGAGCAGUGGCACCUGCUCAACACCAUUCAGCCGGGCCACGACAUCAACGUCGCCGGUGUUUGGAAGCAGGGUAUCACUGGCAAGAACGCAACCGUUGCUAUUGUCGACGACGGGCUCGAUAUGUACAGCGACGACUUGAAGCCCAACUACUACGCCGCCGGCUCCUACGACUUUAACGACCAUCGGGAAGAGCCCAAACCCACUUUGAGCGACGACAAGCACGGCACCCGUUGCGCUGGUGAAGUAUCCGCGGCGAGGAACAACAUCUGCGGUGUUGGUGUGGCUUACGAAUCCAAGAUCGCCGGCAUUCGUAUCCUCAGCAAGCUCAUCUCCGAUGCCGAUGAGGCUGUUGCCAUGACCUACGACUACCAGCACAAUGAUAUCUACUCUUGCUCUUGGGGCCCCCCCGAUGACGGACGAUCAAUGGACGCUCCCGGUAUCCUGAUCAAGCGCGCCAUGCUCAAGGGUAUCCAGCAGGGCCGUGGUGGCAAGGGAUCCAUCUACGUUUUCGCUAGCGGUAACGGCGCCGCCAACGACGACAAUUGCAACUUUGACGGCUACACCAACUCCAUCUACAGUAUCACCGUCGGUGCCAUCGACAGGAAGGGCCAGCACCCGUACUACUCGGAGAAGUGCUCUGCCCAGCUGGUCGUCACUUACAGCAGCGGCAGCGGAGACGCCAUCCACACUACUGACGUUGGCCAAAACGCCUGCUACAACGGCCACGGAGGCACUUCUGCUGCCGCCCCCUUGGGCGCUGGUGUGUACGCUUUGGUCCUCGACACGCGCCCCGACUUGACCUGGAGAGAUAUGCAAUGGCUCGCCAUGGACACUGCCGUGCCCAUCGACGAGGCCAAUGGCGAAUGGAUGCCGACCAAGAUUGGAAAGAAGUUUAGCCACACGUAUGGCUACGGCAAGAUCGAUGCGCUCAAGAUGGUCGAGGCAGCCAAGAAGUGGAAGAAUGUGAAGCCGCAGGCGUGGUACUACUCGCCCUGGAUCCACGUUAACAAGGACAUCCCGCAGGGCAAGGACGGUAUCGCGGUCAGCGUCGACGUGACUGCCGAUGCGCUGAAGCAGGCCAAUCUCGAGAGGGUUGAGCAUGUGACAGUCACCAUGAACGUGAACCACACACGCAGAGGUGAUUUGAGUGUUGACUUGGUCAGUCCCGACGGUGUUACCAGCCAUCUGUCUGUCACCCGCAAGAUGGACUCGGCCAACGCUGGUUACGUUGACUGGACCUUUAUGAGCGUUGCCCAUUGGGGCGAGUCUGGUAUCGGCAAGUGGACAGUCAUUGUCAAGGACUCGAAGGAAAACGAGCACAAGGGCACGUUCGUCGACUGGCACCUGAAGCUCUGGGGCGAGUCCCUGGACGCGAGCAAGGCAACGCUUCUUCCCAUGCCGACGGAAGGGGACGACAAUGACCACGCUCUUGUUGCAACGACGACACUGCCGGCUGCCGUCACGACGAUGACGCAUCCUCCCGAGAACACAGCGCCGGCUUCUAACCCCACGGACCACCCUGAGCGUCCCACCAAGGUCAAGCCCAGUGGAGGCGAGGGGGCAACGGCCACGGAGACGGGCAAGCCGACAGACACUCAAGAGACGCAGCCUGCGGCCACGACGAGCAGCGCGUCCAACUGGGUGUCCUGGCUGCCAUCUUUUGGCAAGGCUGGAGUGUGGGUCUACGGGGCCAUUGGCCUCAUUGCCGUGUUCUGCUCUGCUCUUGGGAUCUGGUUCUUCAUUCGGAAGCGUCGCAACAGCAAGCCCCGGGACAACUACGAAUUUGAGCUGCUCAACGAGGACGAAGCCGAGGGUCUAAACGGCGAGAAGCGUACGCGGGGCCGUGAGCUCUACGACGCGUUUGCCGGUGACGACGAGGACGACGAGGACGAGACGGGCGCAUACCAUGACAGCCGGGAGCGCUCAAGAGAGGGGAGCGGCGACCGAGAGACGGACAGGUUAACCGAAAAAUAAAGGCGUACAACAGGCAAGCGGGCAUGGGCGUGUGUAUUUUGCAUAAAUACCUUGGUUUUCUUCGUGUACUCGGGGGCAUUUGGGCAUUGCGCGGUUAGUUUAUCCAUACCUGUUGAAAGUAGACGUCGGUCGGGUUGGUGCUUUUUAUCUUUUUCUUUUUCUUACCGGGCCCGAAUAAUUGACCAUUUGCAAACACUCGACAGCAUCUAUCCGCAGCGUGCUUCUGCUGUUCUGUUCUAAUGUACUUUGGGGAAGCCGACUACGUGUGAAGG